UACCAAGAAAGAGUGUGUCCCUGCAUGUCCUGCGGACUGCGACUCCUGUCAGAACAGUGACACGUGUACGAGGUGUGCGCUGGGACACUACCUACUGCAUGGGCAAUGUCAUCACGUCUGCCCAGACGAGUUUGAGCCCAAUGACUUAAUGGAGUGCAUCCCAACAGUGCACUGUGAAGUGGGCGAGUGGAGCGAAUGGGGCCCCUGCUCACACUCAGGUAAAACCUGCGGCUUCAAAUGGGGCGAAGAAACAAGGAUCAGGAAGGUCCUACAGAAUCCCUCUCCAAUGGGAAGCCCGUGCCCUACGACUUCUGAUAAGAGGGAAUGCUUUGUCAAAAGAAGACGAUGUAAGCCGAAAGGUCAGCAGCGGGGAGAGAAGAAAAAACACUUCAAUCUACAGGAGAAAGAGAACGCCGAGGCCCGUCGAGAGAGGAAGAGAGAACGAGAGAAGGAGACGAUCGACCGAGAGGAUUCAGAAAGCCGGAACAAAACAGAGCACCGUCGCCGGAGGGACCAGAGCAGAGACGCUGGAACAGUAUAAAUAGCUGCUGCUCCUCACUGCUCCUCUGCCUUUCUUUCCCCUAUCAGGCCAUGUCACCCCCUCACCCUCUUAACCCCUCGCCGAGGGGGUGUUGCUGCUACCUGUAUAAUUUAAAUGUAUACUGUAUAUGCACAUGAGAGAGGGGGCGCUCGUCAUCCACACCAUUGCAGGCAUUGAGGAUGCCCCAUAAACCUCAGAGGGCACCCUUCACCCCCCUAGCGCCUGGUCUGGUGCUGGAUUGAGGCUGAACUGUGUAACGUGGGGCCGGGCAUGUCAGAUGAUCUGUGGAAUGUUUUUGUUUUUUUUAAGGGGGUCCAGGUACAGCGCUGUAUCAUGGUUUGAAUUAGGGCUGCACGAUUAAUCGCA